UGCAGAAGCGUCGACUGUUUGUGUACCAUGUGAAUGGUGUUCAACUACUACUUCGUGUAGUAAUGGUGCUGAUGUAUUUGUAUCUAUUUGGAUGUUACAUGGCUGUACGUUUCAUAAUAAAACGCUUUGCGAAGAUCCUGCAACAAUAACUUCUGAAGAAUUAAUACAUCAAACAGAGAGUUCAAUUAUUCAACAGCCGCAAAAACCACGAAGUUAUUUAUAUUUAAUUAUCCUGGUACCAUGUGCUGUAUUAAUCCUGUGUACUGGCACUGUGUAUUUUGUAAGACGGUUUCUGCUUAAGAAGUCGUGACAUUGUACUUAUCUAUGUAAAGUGGAAGUAGCUUCAGAAGCUUUUGUAUAAGAACUAUUUCAAGGAAUAUCUCUUCCAAUAACUGCUGACGGCAUUACUUUUUAUAUGUCAACUAUGUAUUUCUCUUCAAUCUCUUUUCACUGUCGAUUUGAAAAUCUGUUGAAGCAUCUGCAUAAUAGUUUGAGAAAAUCUAUUCAACUCUAUGUAAACUGAACAUGUUUGCCUGUCGCUGUUUUUGGUUACUAACACAAUGCUUUAUUGUGAUUUGUUUGGUAGCAGCACUAAAACUUAUUUCAAAAUUUUGUUUACUCACUUCCUGUUAUUAUUGCUACGGCAGUUUUUAUUGUUA